AUUUCGGAGCUACGGGAGAGUCGCCGUGGAAGGUUUUGUUGAUGAAAUCAUCCUAAUUUGGAAAAAGACACCACGUUAUAUGGUUACAUAACCAUACUCCGAGCUCCUUUAUCUAAUAUUUGAAGAUGAAUAUCAAACUACGAGGUGUUGUGCAGAUGCUGAAGACUGAGUGAACCAUGGCACAGUUUCCCACUGCGUUCACAGGUCCAGAUGUGUUUCUGAUCUCCUUGGACGAGAGAGCUAAACAUGACCAGCAGUUUCACAGCCUCUCUCCAACUGCUGGCGGUUUUAUCACAGGAGACCAGGCCAAGAACUUCUUCCUUCAAUCUGGACUGCCCCCACCCAUCUUGGCCCAAAUCUGGGCUCUGGCUGACAUGAACAGUGACGGCCGUAUGGAUAUGCACGAGUUCUCCAUCGCCAUGAAGCUCAUCAAACUGAAACUCCAGGGUCAUCCGCUGCCCCCAACGCUGCCACCCACUAUGAAACAGCCCCCACUUCCUCUCCCCCCUCAGGCCGGCUUUGGCAUGCCUCCAAUGGCUCCCCUUGCAGCUUCUCUGCCAGGUGUGCCUCCACUCCCCCUCCCUCCACUACCCGUCGGUGUGUCUCCGCCACUGGUCUCCUCUGCCCCGCCCUCUCUCCCUCAGCCCAUCGCCAAUGGAGCUCCUCCCACAGGCAUGAUGCAGCCCAUCUCAGGCUUCUCACACCCAGCUUCCUCUGUCAACAAACCUUCGUCCUUCAAUCGUUCCAGUGCCAAACUACAGAAGGGGUCGUCUUUUGACACUGCUGGUUGCCAGCCUCCGUCUGACUGGGCCGUUCCUCAGUCCUCCAGAUUGAAGUACAGACAGCUCUUUAACUCCCACGACAAGAUGAUGAGCGGACACCUCACUGGUCCACAGGCUCGCACGAUCCUGAUGCAGUCGAGUCUUCCUCAGAGUCAGCUAGCAACGAUAUGGAGUCUGUCAGACAUUGAUCAGGAUGGAAAGCUAACAGCGGAGGAGUUUAUCUUGGCCAUGCAUCUCAUUGAUAUGGCCAUGUCGGGUUUACCGCUUCCUCCUGUGUUGCCGGCAGAUUACCUCCCACCCACAUUCAGGCGCGUGCGUAGCGACAGUGUCCAAUCAGACCAGAGGAGUGUCCAGGAGGAGGCAGAGGAGGAGGUGGAGAGCCAGGAAAAGAAACUCCCAGUGACAUUUGAGGACAAGAAGAGAGAGAACUUUGAGCGUGGAAACCUGGAGUUGGAGAAAAGGCGGCAAGCUCUGCAGGAGCAGCAGAGGAAGGAGCAGGAGAGGCUGGCUGCUCUGGAGAGAGAGGAGCAGGAGAGAAAGGAGCGUGAACGUCUGGAGCACGAGAGGCGGAGACAGCAGGAGCUGGAAAAGCAACUCGAGAAGCAAAGAGAGUUGGAGAGACAACGAGAAGAGGAGAGACGCAAAGAGAUAGAGAGGAGAGAGGCAGCAAAGCGAGAGAUGGAGCGUCAGCGUCAGUUAGAAUGGGAGCGCCAACACCGCCAGGAGCUUCUGACUCAAAGAAACCGGGAGCAGGAGAGCAUCGUGCUCCUCAAAGCUAGGAAGAAGACACUGGAGUUUGAACUGGAGGCCCUGAAUGAUAAGAAGACCCAGUUAGAAGGCAAACUAAAGGAUGUACGGUUUCGUCUGUUGGCUCAGCGGAGAGAGGUGGAGCAGACCAAUCAGACCAGAGAGACCCGGAUCGCUGAAAUCACUCUGCUGCAACAACAGCUGCAGGACUCUCAGCAGUGGUUGGGAAGGUUGAUUCCUGAUAAACAGACUCUAAACGAUCAGCUGAAACAGGUCCAACAGAACAGCCUGCAUCGUGACAGCCUGUCAUCUCUGCAGAAAGCUCUGGAGCAGAAGGAGUCGAGUCGGCAGCAGCUCAGAGAGCAGCUCGAAGCAGUGGAGCGGGAAACCAGGGCCAAGCUGCUCGAGAUCGACGCUUUCAACACCCAGCUGAAGUGUCUGUGUGAGUUCUAUGCCAACCACUGUGCCAGGAUAGAAGCCCUGCACCGCCAGCUUGAGGAGGAACAGAGAGGGAGACAGGAGCUGAGGGAGAUCCACAGCCGACAGCAGAGGAUGAAACAGAAGGAGUUAGAAGGAAACACACAGACACAAACACACACACACUCUCAUUUACACACUGCGAGUGAGAGGAAGGCGGCUGAGCUGCAGGAGAGCAGGCUGUCUUCAGAGGAGGGCGUGGCCUGGAGGGACGAGGCAGGAGGCACCGCCCCUAAAGCUCCGAGUCCAUCUGCUGGUUCUGCGUCCCACGCCUGGCUCAACAGAGUGACCCAGGAAGAAGAGGAGAGGAGGAGGAGAGCAGUGGAGGAGGAGGAGGAGGAGGAGGGCCGAAAGGCCGGAGGAGGAGGAGGAGCAGCCGUAGAAGGGAAGGAGAAUGAGGGGCGAGGCAAGAAACAGAUGCAGGAGAAACUCAACAAGCUGUUUAGCCAACAGGUCGACCCGUGGGCCUCAACAGCAGAGAAGGCUCCUCCUCCGAGUCUCUUUGACCAGAAGGUUACAGGCGUCAGUUUCGAUCAGCAGCAGCCAGUGAAGGUCGUCUACUACAGAGCCCUGUAUCCGUUUGACGCCCGCAGUCACGAUGAAAUCAGUAUCACCCCCGGAGAUGUUCUCAUGGUGGACGAGUCCCAAACCGGGGAGCCCGGCUGGCUGGGUGGAGAACUGAGGGGGCGGACCGGUUGGUUUCCAGCCAAUUACGCAGAACGGAUACCUGACAGUGAAGCACCAAUCAGCCUGCGUGCCACAGCCUUAGCCACACCCACUUCUUCCCAGCAGCCUGUGGCCACACCUCCACCAGCUCCUGGACACACCUCCUCCUCGACAUCCUCCGCCAACAGCAACUGGGCUGAUUUUAGCACCACUUGGCCUUCCACUGCAGCCAGCCAGUCGGACAGCGAGGGGUGGGACGCCUGGCCGACCUCCUCAACCAGUCAGAAUCCCUCACUUAGUGUUCCCUCAGCACAGCUACGCCAACGCUCCGCCUUCACACCUGCCACCAUGACAACGGGCUCCUCGCCCUCUCCUGUCCUGGGACAGGGCGAGAAGGUCGAAGGGCUUCAGGCUCAGGCCUUGUAUCCUUGGAGAGCAAAGAAGGACAAUCACCUCAACUUCAACAAAAACGAGAUAAUAACCGUAUUGGAGCAGCAGGAUAUGUGGUGGUUAGGAGAACUGCAAACAGGACAAAGAGGCUGGUUCCCCAAAAGUUAUGUCAAGCUCAUGUCCACCACUGUGAUCGCCCCUGCUGGUGUCGCAGCACGCAGCAAAAACACUAGUGAGUCUGGAGUAUCAGACACCCCUCCCAAUGGAAAACGUCCCUCCCCUUCACCGACAAAACCCUCAGAUUCCAGUGAAGAGUACGUGGCCAUGUACACCUACGAGAGCAGCGAACAGGGAGACCUCAGCUUCCAACAAGGUGAUGUCGUCAUGGUGACCAGAAAAGAAGGGGAUUGGUGGACCGGUACAGUGGGAGGCAAGACUGGCGUUUUCCCGUCCAAUUACGUUAAACCGAGGGACUCUGCGUCAGAGUCGCUGGGUUCGGCAGGGAAGACGGGCAGCCUUGGAAAGAAACCAGAAAUUGCUCAGGUGAUCGCCCCCUACAGUGCAACGGGAGCAGAGCAGCUGACUUUAGCUCCAGGACAGCUGAUCCUCAUCAGGAAAAAAAAUCCAGGAGGCUGGUGGGAGGGUGAGCUGCAGGCUCGAGGGAAAAAGCGACAGAUCGGUUGGUUUCCAGCCAAUUAUGUAAAACUGCUCAGUCCCAGCACCAGCAAGACCACACCCACAGAGCCCACUCCUCCUAAACUGGCGCCUGCCAGCACAGUUGUGUGUCAGGUGAUCGGCAUGUACGACUACGUGGCCCAGAACGACGAUGAGCUGGCCUUCCAGAAGGGUCAGGUGAUCACCGUGCUCAACAAGGACGACUGUGACUGGUGGAAGGGGGAGCUCAACGGGAAGGAGGGGCUGUUUCCAAGCAACUACGUCAAACUCACUACAGACACGGACCCCAGCACGCAGUGGUGUGCUGACCUUCAUCUGCUGGACAUGCUGAGCCCCAUGGAGAGGAAGCGACAGGGCUACAUCCACGAGCUCAUCGUCACCGAGGAGAACUACGUCAACGACCUGCAACUUGUCACUGAGAUCUUCCACAAACCUCUGCUGGACUGUGAGCUGCUGACGGAGAAGGAAGUGGCCAUGAUCUUUGUCAACUGGAAGGAGCUCAUCAUGUGCAACAUCAAGCUGCUCAAGGCUCUGCGCGUGAGGAAGAAAAUGUCAGGUGACCGCAUGCCGGUGAAAAUGAUUGGUGACAUCUUGACCAAUCAGCUGCCUCACAUGCAGCCUUACAUCAGAUUCUGCUCGUGUCAGUUGAACGGGGCCACGCUGAUUCAGCAGAAAACAGAUGACAACCCAGAAAUCAAAGAUUUUCUCAAGAGGUUGGCGAUGGAUCCCAGAUGUAAAGGAAUGCCGCUGUCCAGCUUUCUGCUCAAACCAAUGCAGAGAGUCACACGCUACCCGCUCAUUAUUAAGAACAUCUUAGAAAAUACUCCAGAGACGCAUCCGGACCACAGUCACCUGAAGGCAGCUCUGGAGAAAGCAGAGGAACUGUGCUCACAGGUGAACGAGGGCGUCCGGGAGAAGGAGAACUCAGAUCGUCUGGAGUGGAUUCAAGCUCACGUCCAGUGUGAGGGCCUGUCUGAACAACUGGUGUUUAACUCUGUCACCAACUGUCUGGGUCCCAGAAAGUUCCUGCACAGCGGGAAGCUGUUUAAAGCCAAAAGUAGCAAAGAACUUUACGGCUUCCUCUUCAACGACUUUCUGCUGCUAACGCAGGUGACCAAACCUCUGGGCUCAUCUGGCUCAGACAAAGUCUUCUCAUCCAAAACGCACCUACAGUACCGCAUGUACAAGACACCAAUUUUUCUCAAUGAGGUUUUAGUGAAGCUGCCGACAGACCCGUCAGGAGACGAACCUUUGUUCCAUAUCUCGCACAUCGACCGUGUGUAUACGCUCAGAGCCGAGAGCAUCAAUGAAAGGACAGCGUGGGUUCAGAAAAUUAAAGCGGCGUCAGAACUCUUCAUCGAAACAGAGAAGAAGAAGAGAGAGAAAGCUUAUCUCGUGCGUUCUCAGCGGGCGACGGGAAUCGGGAGACUGAUGGUCAACAUUGUGGAGGGAAUCGAACUCAAACCCUGUCGCUCUCACGGAAAAAGUAACCCGUACUGUGAGGUGACGAUGGGCUCCCAGUGCCAUAUCACAAAAACGUUACAGGACACGUUGAAUCCGAAGUGGAACUCGAACUGUCAGUUUUUUAUAAAGGACCUGGAGCAGGACGUCCUCUGUGUCACUGUGUUUGAGCGAGACCAGUUCUCACCUGAUGACUUCCUGGGCAGGACGGAGAUCCGGUUGGCUGAAAUAAAGAAGGACCAGGGCUCUAAAGGACCAAUCACAAAGCGACUGCUGCUGCACGAGGUUCCGACGGGGGAGAUUGUGGUCCGAUUGGAUCUUCAGCUGUUUGAAGAACCGUAAAACCUGACAGGACUACAUUGGACUGCAAAGGAUUUAUAGCCGUUUGAGGGACUGUGGGCUGGAAUUUGGACCUGACGGUUGUGCUGGGUCAGACUGGACCAUACGGAUCCUCUGGUCUGGAUUCUCUGAGGGAUCCGGUUUAGCACCUUGAUGCUGUUUAAGUUUGAAAAACUUUGUGUCGCACAAAUUUUCUUUUGACGCAAAUUAACCGACGGUAUUUGUUUCUGAAAGCUAAAAUGUCUGAUUUAAACUAGUUUAAAAUAUAUUUGACAUUAUUUAAACUACUCUAAUCUUACAGUAAGACCAACCAAAACUAGUUUGGCCAAUUAACAAAAUUUAAGAGCUGAUCUAAUUUGAUUUUGGGGCAUUUUAAGCCAUUUAAUGUCCCGUAAAUUGUAAACCUGUGUGUAGAUCAACCACAAUAGCUUAAAUAAUAUCUGAUUUCAUGUACUGUAGUUCAAAACCUUUUUGGAGCUGCAAUUCAGACUGUCUACCCCACUACAAGGACCACCUUGGGUCCUGGGUGACAACCACCCAGGCAGACAACUGGUUCAUACCCGCCUCUCAAAACUAACCAUAUAUCUGCCACAGCCAGGUGAAAUGUGGGCGUGUCCGCAGCUUUCUCCAGCCGCUGGAGUUCUCAGAGGUCCAGGGGGUUUUGUCUUUGGAGGGUGGGGGCUGGUGUGGUGCUCAGGGGUUGCACACUGCAUGGAGCCACCCAGGUCCAAUGUUUCAACAAAAUUUUAGUUUAAAUUUAAGUUUUAGCUUCAACAGUUAUGGUAAUUAUUGUCCAAAGAGUUGAAGGUCCAGUUCAGUCCUGUUUCUGCGAUGACCACACUCUGACGUGAACAGGGCGAACCUUCUUUACUUGAAAUCUCCUCACAAAUUGAACAGGCUAAUCACAUGGGAGGUGGGAGGGGCUUAUGGGCUGGCUCAUUUGCAUUUUGAAAUUAGGGGAGAGGAGAUGAUGCUUGUUAAGGUUUCUUGCUUUCUCAGCAGUUUAAUAAACAACUUUUGAAAAAAAACAUAUAAAAGUUAAAAUUAUCUGCAGAUUGUUAUUUUCGUAUCAUAUGCCAGAAAAUAUCAAAUAACACUGCAGAGCUUCUUUAGGGAUCAUUUUACUGUUGGCAGAUUGAUUCAUCAAUUAAUCAUUAAAAUGAAGUAAUUUCACAUUUUUAGUUCUGAUUAUCAGGCUUCCUGGUUUGAAGCAGCCUGAAUGAAUUAAUCAGUAAAUGAAGUUUGAAUAAUCACUGUGUCACACUGCUAACCUCGUAACGUCGACCCUUCAGACUGGAUCCAGUAACUUAAGUCUUCUUCAUCAUCAGUGCUCAUCUUAAAUAUGUUCCACAGAUCUUUGUAGUUUUCUUUUUCUUUCAUCAUCAUCACGAGCUCUCGGUUGUUGUUGAGUAUUCUGAGUGGCGUCAAGCCAACUCGGUCGCUGUGACCUCUCAGCACACGGGAUGGUCCAGACCAGUUGGCUCCAGUCCUCCGUCGGUCCAGACCAGUUGGCUCCAGUCCUCUGUUGGCCCACUGCAGCCCUCUCGGAGAACAGUUGAGUGAUUAAUGUUUUCUGGCCUUGUGCUUCGUCUGAUGGACUCACAGACACUCCAGUGACGAUCCCAACCCUCCUCCUUCAUCCCGACAAAAACCUUUGUGCAAGAGUAUGUGCGAUUGCGUGAGUGUCGGAUGUGCUGAUGACAUACAGAACAUUUAGUGUUUUUAGAAGGUUUUUCACUCUCCCCCCCAAGUCUUAAAAUCAACUGCAGGUAAGCAGCCAACAGGUCUUACUUUGUUCUGGUUGGGUUUUUACUGAAUACUCGGCACUUUGUUUCAAGAAGUGCAUGUACGUACGAGGAAAAUGAGAAUUACUAAAGAGAAAGAUUUUACCAUCUGCUGUUCACUAUUUACAGGUAAAUGAUCGACAUCACAAAUCAGUUUCAAGCGUGUUAAUUACAGUAAUAAUAAUGCAGUCAGAGAACAGAUGUGACAGCUGAAUGAAGGCAGUGGUUCCCAACCUGAGGGUUAGGACCCGGCAAAGGGGUCACAAGAUAAAGCCAAGAGGGUCUCCGUGUUCAUUAUUUGAACAUAAUAAAAGUAUUGUUCAACAAAAAUAUUUAUGUCCUUUUUUUAUUAUUACGUUCACCCUCUGGGUUCCACUGACUCGCUGGCAUGUCCAGGUCAUUUUACCAUACCGUCAAAAAUCCCCCUUUUCAGUACUUGCAUAUCAUAUACUGAACAUUUGUUGCAUAUCAAAAUGUUCAAAACAAUCUCAGCUUUCUGAAUGUGAGACAUAUUUGUCGAAAACACUGUGUAAAAGAUAUAAUUUGGCUCUAAAGCUGUAAAUGCACAAAACGAAAUGAUUGAUGAUCCAGAUACAACAAUAAAAGAUAAUCGUUUGGGGACGGGAUCAUUAUGAUGCUGGAGUCUGAGGCCCCUGUUUUAAGGGGCCACACAUGGAUGGGAAUCACUGCAUUAUUGUUCUGUAAUGAAAGUGUCUUUUUCAUCAUUAUUAUUGUUAUUUUAUUAUUAUUGGAUGCACAUGCAAGUUGGAGUCUUAGAUUUCUCAGACGUCUUAAAUUAUGUUGUGAUAAUGGGGUGCUACUAGCAGCUGGGGAACCCUGAGUCCGCGAUCCCAAAGCUGUAAAAGACUCCUGAAAUGUUUCUGCAUUUUCGGUUUGUUUGUGACCCCGUGAACAUUCACGUAGAAAUAAUUUAAUGUGCAUCAGCACUUUUAAAGGUGAAGUGUCACUGAUGUUGGAGCAGAACAGAGCGCGACUGAAUUAUGGACAACUGCUGGAAAGAAACUUUACCUGGAAAAUUACAAUGAAACCUUUAAAGCGUGAGAGUGUCAUAAGUCAUUUUAGAUGACUUCAUUUAUUUCAAAGGAACAUUUCAUUUAAGCUAUAAAUAAGGUGUUUUUUAACCUUUUGUUUUAAUGUCGUUGGUUUUAGCGUCUCUUUCUCUGCCCGCCUGAUCCUCUCUCAUGGAAAACAGGUGCUGCAAAAAAUAGAUUUUCUUUGAUCUCGGAAAGUUUUGCAAAUACAAAGCCUUCAUUAUAAAAAAAAAAAUAUCUGAGUAAUAAGUGACCUUUAUCAUCAUGGGAAUGUUUCAUUUUAAUAAUGGCAGUCUACAAGUGGAAAAAUUUUGUUUGUUUGCUUGCAGUACCUUAGUUGACCACUUGAAAAACUGGCAGCAAACUGACACUCCAACAUAUCCAACUCUGUUAAACUGCAAGUGCUGCUGUUGUUUGUUUUAAACAGGAAAUGUGUAGCAUCUCUACUUAGUUAAUGCUUGCUGGACACUGGACACGACGUGGUUGACUAUCCGAAUUUCGCCCACUCCACCAGACUGUACAUCUGAUUUCUAGAUCUAGGUCUAGAAGU